AUGAAGAUGUCCGACCUGUGUUCCGAGUUUACAUUGUGUUACAGCGACACCAACGUAGAGACACCCGGGAAGACGCCGACCUCCUUGACGCCAACAAGGAGGGGAACCUUGGGGGAGGUGAAGUUCUUCCUGGACACAGGUCGGACUGACGUCAACUCUAGAAGAGUGUUCGGGGGGACACCGGUGAUGGCGGUAGCACGGUGGGGUCACAGAGAUGUGGUGGAGCUCCUUGUGGGUAGAGGGGCUGAUGUGUCACUGGUGGACGAUGACGGUAGCAACAUCUUUCACUAG